UGUCCAAAUAUUGCGGCUCUUUUUGCGAAAACUAGCUGUUUCUGAAAAGUUUGUAGCUUCGACGAAAUGUGUACUGAAUAACAAUUUCAAACAACAGCGAGCACGGAGAAUAAUUUAGCCUUUACAACAACCUAGCAAAAUCACGUUAGGACAGUGGACCGGACCGUAACGAGUGAAGCUAGCGUCAUGAUUUUUGAUGUGGGCCUACCAGACUGAUCCCAGUCAUAAAUGUUUUUUUCUGUAGCAAUAAUGACAAGAAAUCUCUAAGGGAAAAUGGGAGGGAGAAAUUUGGUGAACAUUGUUUUGAGACAUUAAGCCACGUUAAUCUUAAUGUCCCCAUGCUCUCGCCUUGAUUUCGCUGAAUUGCUAAAAGUAGGCCUAGUGAAACGGCGUAAUCAACAAUCACCGUUGUGUUCACUGUUAGGUAUCCAUCAGGGGAUAGGCUAAUGCUUGUUAGAAAUACUACCAGCAUUGCACAAGUCGACGUAUUUUAUCGAAAAGACCUUUAUUGUUAUUUGUUAAGAUGCAAAAUUGCACUGCAUCUAAAUUUCUUACAUGGAUUACGAGUUUAACCGCAGUAGUUCUAAUGUAAGAAUAAAAUGUUUGAGUCUAAAUUUACCUAUAUGCGUUUUUUGGUGCUGCAAUGGGUUAAUCAAUAGUUGUACAGCACAACCCUCAAGGGCUUUUAAAUAAGCUCAAAAUAAUUGAAUGGUGAUGAACCGCGAGCAUUUAUCUCUGUCUCCCAUGAACGGGAGACCUAACCACCCAAGAAGAGGCAGAGGAAGGACUCAGCAUGGAUGGAGACCACAACAGGAAGAGGGCGAGGCGCGUGCUGGGCGAUCAGAGUUGGCUUAUCAGGAGCCCCAGGGGUGGGGUCACCCACAGAAGAGGAGACCCCAGGGUGACGAUCGACCAGAGCCAUGGGGUAGACCACAGCAAGAGCACUGGAGAGCGCAGAAGGACAAGAACAGACCGCACCAGAACUGGAGGCAGAGGCCCGAGCAGGAUAGACAGCAGUCCCAGAACUGGAGACACAGGUCAGACCAGGAGGAUAGAGCGCAGCCGGAUGGGACACUGAAGCCCAAACAGGACAGACAGAACCAGGGAUGGACACAACAGCCAGAGCAGGAGGAAGUCCAGAGGCCCGACGGCAACCCUCGGGGCACCUGCAUGGCCAUGUGUCCCAGGCGUGAGCUGCAGGACCGAGAGGCCCAGUGCAGACUGCACCACUUCGAGAUGCUCGCGGGCACAGAGAAAGAUCGACGGCCAAAGGCUGACCCCGCUCGCAUGGUGAAAGAGUACUCCCGUCCUGCCGCGGGCAAGGAUGCCACCCAACCCAGUGACCUCCGACCCCCGGCUGUGUUGCUCAAAACGGUCUGCUACCUCAUUGAUGAAAUCGCUGCCUCCCCGACCCUUCAGCCAUGGACUGAGGUGUACAGCUUUGUGUUUGACCGCCUGCGGAGCAUCCGACAGGACCUGAUCAUUCAGCGGGCCAGUGGGGCCGAGUGUGUGGCCAUCCUGGAGCGGACGGUGCGCUUACUCAUCUACGCCUCUCAGAGGCUUUGUGGAGAGCCGCUGCAGCUCUACGACCCCAAGAUCAAUGACACGCACCUGCAGGAGAGCCUGAGCUGGCUGCUGGAGAGCUACGGCCAACAGGAGAACACACAUACUGUAGACGACGAGCAUGCAGUAAGAGACUCACAAGUGCCCAAGGGCACACCCAAACAGGGCGAUGGCACACACCAAAGCCAGUACAAAAACCAAGAGGAGUUUGAGGCUCUCAACCUGCUCUACAAUCUGGGCUGUGCGCGUGUGAUGCAGCACGUUUUGGAGCUUCCCGCUCGUGUCCGCUCCUCUCCAGCUGUGUGCUUGGCGCUGGCAGUGAGUCGGGCCUUCUGCGAGCGCAACCCCGUGCGCCUGCUGCGCCUGGCCGACCGGCUGGACUUCCUCCAGGGCUGCGCCCUCCACCGCCACCUGCUGGCCAUCCGCCGCCAGCUGCUGCAGCUCUACAGCCACGGGCACAGCAGCCGCAACUGCCGCUACCCGCUGGGCCACCUGGCCAGCCUGCUGGCGCUCACGGAGCCCCAGAAGGCCGAGCGGCUGUGCCUGGCGCACGGGGUGGCGGUCAGCGGCGAGUGGGUGGGGUUCAACAAGGUCGACUUCCUGGAGACGCCCAAGGAGGAGGUGCGCUGUGCCAGCACACACGAGAGGGAGCUGGCGAUGGAGAAGAAGGUGGCCCACAUCAUUCACGGCCAUGUCUGAAUCUGAGCCUGGGCAUGAUCGUGACUGGGCUUCAGUAGGUUUAGAGGAGCCUGCUCAGGAAUGUGCCACUCAGGACUUUUGCCAGAGGUGAGAGUGAGAGAGUGCGUUGCUGUUCUGUUGAAAGUGUUUUUUAAGAUGUUUGACGUGUUUAAUUUUUUUUAAAAAGUUCUAAUAAAGAAUGUGUUUGUUUA